AUGCGCGAGCUUAAAGACAGUUUGACCGACGAUUGCCCUCCAAGAAACUAUGGGAUACAAAGUAUUUGUAUUCUGCGUCAUCGUUGUACCCUUCUCUUGGAGGCUGGCCAUGAGGUGACCUACAUAACGGCAACUUCGAAAUUGAGCCCCCAUGGAAAAAUGAAAAAAAUCGAUGUCAGCUCUAACUUCAAAGCGUUUCCGGAGAACUUCCUAAACAUCAAAUCUAUAAUGAACAAGGAGUCAGACAUGAGCGCUAAUGACUUUUUCUUUCCCAUAAUGGACAAGUUAAGUUUGGCGACAUUAAGACAUGAAGAGGUUCUGAAGCUUAUGAACGAUGGUAAACAACAUUUCGAUGUGAUAGUCGCAGAAUGGAUGUACAACGAACUAUACGCUGGGAUUCCAAGGGUGUUCGACUGUCCCUUGAUCUGGUUCUCAACCUUAGAGCCACACUGGUUGGCACUGCGGAUCAUUGACGAGGCGCCGAAUCCAGCCUACAAUCCUGAUAGUAUGUCCACGAAUUCCAUUCCUUACACAUUCUGGCAACGCGUGGAAGAACUUUGGCUUCAGUUUAGUCGAACCUUCUACCGCGAAUAUUGGAAAUACAAUGAUUUGAACACAAUUUUCAAGGAAAUGUACGCGCCGAUAUUUGAAAAGCGUGGGAGACCCACACCAUUGUAUGAGGACGUGCGGUACAAUGGGUCUCUAAUGAUUGGCAACUCUUAUGUGGUGUUGGGUCAGGCCACAAGGUUGCCGCAAAACUAUAAAUCAGUGGGCGGUUUUCACAUCAACAGGACUGUGUCUCCAUUGCCAGAGAAUCUGAAAAAUAUUAUGGACAACGCGAAAGAUGGAGUAAUUUACUUCAGCAUGGGCUCUAAUUUAAAAAGUGCAGACUGGCCACAGCAAAUCAAGAGAGAUCUGUUGAAGAUGUUCGGCGAAUUGAAUCAGACUGUUUUAUGGAAGUUUGAAGAGGCCUUGCCUGAUGCGCCGAGUAAUGUGCAUGUGCUUAAUUGGGCACCCCAGCAGAGUAUCUUGGCGCACCCAAAUUGCGAGCUUUUUAUAACACAUUGUGGUUUGUUAUCAACCACUGAGGCAGUUCACUUCGGCGUGCCUAUCAUAGGGCUGCCCGUCUUCGCCGACCAGUUCGUGAACAUCCUGCGGGCAGUGGGCAAAGGAUACGGAAGGAAGGUCGAUCUCACAUACGCACUGGUGGAAGAUCUGAAAUCAGCAAUUCACCAUGUAACAAGUAAUUCGCGAUAUCGAGACAAAGCCAAAGAACUCUCUCACGCCUACCACGACCGGCCAUUGCCGCCCCAAAAAGAGAUUGUUUACUGGGUGGAGCACGUGGUACGCACCAAUGGUGCCAACCAUUUACGCUCGCCCGCCCUCAUGAUGCCCUGGUACCAAAAACUCUACUUGGAUCUCUUGGCAGUCGUUGCUUCUAUAAUGGCAACGGUCACCAUCCUCGUGAAGUUUUUUAUCACAACGAACAAACAUAUGGACAAGACAAAGACUAGU